CCCCUGACGUACCGUAUGGUAAGUACAGUAUGCAGUAUCUAAUUAUGCUGCGCUUCUGCCAUACUACAUGCGACUGAACCAAGUCCAAAACAGGGGUCCUUAAUUUAGGACCCCUGGUCCAAACGUCAUACCGUGUCAUUAUUUCAAUUUUUUAUGGUGUCACACAUGAACACACAUACAAUUUUUAUGCGUUGGAUCAAACACGACCCGAACUUUGCUGUCGAUACCUCGGCCUGACAACAACGACAGCCUCUCUCGUUUCAAAAGAAGGAUUUGCUGACCAGCUACAGUACUCGUACGACUACGUAGUACCAUACCCCGUACUUACCAUAAGCCGAAAAUUCGAGAGUCAUUUUUUGCAUCCAGCACGAGUAGUCGUCCCUACGAGUACCAUCCCAAGGACGUACCAUACAUACACACGAUUGAAAGACUUGCCAACAAUCAAUCGAUCUAAACACCACCUGCCAACAAACUAUAGACAGUAGACAGAAAGCACUUCGACCUGACCGUCACUUAUUAUUCGUACCAGAUAAAACCGACGACAGAGGCUUGCAUCGUUCCUGGCCCCUCAAGGAUGAAGGUGAAAACGAAAMCACCACCCCUGCUGCGCAACGAAGACAAAAAGAAGUCCCCUGUCGUCACGAGGCGAUCGUUUCCGKUUCCGAUUACGUUUUUGGUCCUUCUGUUUCUCGUCUGGUUGUCCGCUACCGCUUUACAGUGCGCAUCCGCAUUCGAAUGCCCGGGCUCCAGGACGCCGCCCCUGGUGAUCAGGGGAAAGCGUUUCUACGACUCUUCCAGUGAUGAAUAUUUCCCCAUCAAAGGGAUCGCCUAUUAUCCACGGCCAAACUCCGGCCCCCUCGCCCAUGGGUCGUCCUCGGUGGAUUUCUACACGGACGAAUACUCGCAGCGGUGGAGGGCCGACAUCUCGAACAUGAAGGAGCUGGGGAUCAACGCGGUUCGGAUCUACGCCGUCGAUCCCUCGAAGAACCACGAUGCCUUCAUGUGCGCCCUGUCCGAGGCAGGCAUCUACGUGAUGCUUGGCCUCCUGGCCGACUGCGAGGGCUGCGCGAUCGGUGCCUGGGUCGGUGUCGAYGCGGAACCUCCGAUGUGCUAUCCGUCGUCGGUCAAGGAGCGGGGGAGGUUCGUCGUUCGGUCCUUUUCGAAAUACCCCAACCUGAUGGCCUUYUCGGCCGGCAACGAGGUCACCAUCUACGCAGACGACGGUUCCGGUGGGCCCCGGGAAGCCAACAUCUCCUGCCAGAAAAAGUUUCUGCGGGACAUGCGCGAAUACGUUUCCGGGUGCGCCGGUAGCUAUCCGAAUGCCGUUCUGCCCCGGGCGAUUCCGAUCGGAGUCGUGAACUGGGACGGGAAURCGGGAACYUUUUCCCAGAACGUGUACUACCAGUGUCGGACCGACCGGGGGGACCCCUUCGAAAACGCCGAAUGGUUCGCCCUCAAUUCCUACCGGCACUGCGACGGAUUGGCCAACACACCCGACGAGAUCAUCGGGUGGCCCGACCUCCGCGAAACCUUUCGGGAGGCAAACUUUCCGGGCCCCGUCUUCUUUGGAGARUACGGCUGCCGGGAGCGGGGGUUUCCGACCCUGGACGGGUUCGACACCCAGCGCACCUGGUUGCAGACCGAGGCUCUCUACGACCCGGACUAUUCCGACGUCUUUGCGGGUGGCUUUGUCUUUGAGUAUUCCGCGGAAAAGACGACCAUUGAUGGCAACCUACAGUUCUGGGCCGACAAGUUGGAUCUGGACGAGCCCGAGAGCGAGUGGCCCUACAAAAAAUUCGCGAGGGCCAAUUACGGAAUCGGCUAUUUCGGUCCCUCCGAUUGCCARCACGACGACGGCGGCGACAGCGACAACAGCGACACCAGCAGUAACUGUGAGUACACGAGAUAUCCCGAGUGGGACCGACUGGCGGAAGCCCUCGCCACAUCCGAGGGCCAAGGGAUUCGACCACAGAGUGCAGGGGUCCUCCCCGAGUGUCCCACCCGAUACCAGGCCCUCGCAGACUUUGAUUGGCCAACCGACAGAGAAGAGGAUCCCGACCUGGACUACUGCCUCGAGCUACAAAGAAAUGCCGCCUCUACCGAUUCUCCUACCGAUUCGCCCACUGGUGGCGGCAACGGAGCUGCCCCCGAGACGGACGAACCCACGGGUGCCUUUGCCUUUCGCACGGAUACCCCCUCGGCAUUUCCUACCYCCGCUGUUUCCUUUGAAUUUCGUACUCAAUUUCCUACGCAGCUYYCCUCGGAAUCGCGUUCCGRGGAGGGCACGCAGCAGCCAACGGAAUCGCUUUCCGAGGAGGCCACACAGCAGCAAACGCAAUCCGCGAGGUGCUCGRACCACGAUCGAUGCGCYKCCGCAAACCUGUCGGGAUUCUGUUGCCCCACGAGCGACGGCGUCGUUUUGGGGUGCUGCGACRUCRUCUCCGAGGCUCCGUCGGCUGCMGGGCUUACWUUUGAAUUCGCCGACGRCAGCGGUGCACGGACUCCGCCACUCGCUGUAGCAGUACUAUUGGCAAUSGGCACUUCGUUUGCCRCAAUAAUAACAAUAAUAUAGCACUUGAGUUUUAUUGYUAUUAGAAGUACGAUAGAGCCAAAACGCCAUCGACAGGAGCAAUAUUGCACUAAUG